AUGGGGAACCGGGGUAUGGAGGAUCUGAUCCCCCUGGUGAACCGCAUGCAGGAUGCCUUCUCGGCCAUCGGUCAGAACGCCAACCUGGACCUGCCUCAGAUCGCCGUAGUGGGCGGACAGAGUGCGGGGAAGAGCUCGGUUCUGGAGAACUUCGUGGGCAAGGAUUUUCUUCCACGUGGCUCUGGCAUCGUGACCCGUCGUCCUUUGGUCCUGCAGUUGAUGAACUGUCCCACAGAGUAUGCUGAGUUCCUACACUGCAAGGGAAAAAAGUUUACAGACUUUGACGAGGUUCGUCAGGAGAUUGAGGCUGAGACUGACCGCAUGACUGGUGCCAACAAGGGAAUCUCUCCUGUUCCUAUUAAUCUGAGAGUGUACUCCCCACACGUGCUCAACCUGACGCUGGUGGACCUGCCUGGCAUGACCAAGGUGCCCGUGGGCGACCAGCCUGCUGAUAUUGAGACUCAGAUUCGGGACAUGCUGCUGCAGUUUGUCACCAAGGACAACUGCCUGAUGCUUGCCGUUUCGCCAGCCAACUCAGAUCUGGCCAACUCAGACGCUUUAAAGAUUGCCAAAGAGGUCGACCCACAGGGAAUGAGGACAAUUGGUGUGAUAACCAAACUGGACCUUAUGGACGAAGGGACAGACGCCAAGGACAUCUUGGAGAAUAAGCUGCUUCCACUUAGAAGAGGCUACAUUGGCGUGGUCAACCGGAGCCAAAAGGACAUCGAUGGGAAGAAAGACAUCACUGCCGCCCUGGCUGCUGAGAGGAAGUUUUUCCUAUCUCAUCCCGCCUACAGGCACCUGGCUGAACGCAUGGGUACAGCGUACCUGCAGAAAAUCCUAAACCAGCAACUCACCAACCACAUCAGGGACACGCUGCCAGCUCUGCGGGCUAAGCUACAAAGCCAGCUUCUCUCCAUCGAGAAGGAGGUGGAGGAGUACAAGAACUUCAGGCCUGACGAUCCGUCUCGCAAGACCAAAGCUCUGCUCCAGAUGGUGCAGCAAUUCUCAGUGGACUUUGAGAAAUGCAUCGAGGGUUCUGGGGACCAGAUCGACACAGCCGAAUUGUCUGGCGGCGCCAAGAUCAAUCGCAUAUUCCACGAGCGCUUCCCUUUUGAGCUCGUCAAGAUGGAGUUUGACGAAAAGGAGCUCCGCAAGGAGAUCAGCUACGCCAUCAAGAACAUCCACGGCAUCAGGACGGGUCUGUUCACCCCUGACCUGGCCUUUGAGGCAAUAGUGAAAAAGCAGAUCCAAAAACUGAAGGAGCCCACACUGAAGUGUGUAGACAUGGUUGUAAGCGAGCUCAUCUUCACCAUUCAAAAGUGUAGUCAAAAGCUGGCUCAGUACCCGAUGCUGAGGGAAGAGAUGGAGAGAAUCGUCACUCAGCACAUCAGAGAUCGAGAAAGCCGCACUAAAAAUCAGGUACUCCUUCUGAUCGACAUUGAGUUGUCCUAUAUGAACACCAACCAUGAGGACUUUAUCGGCUUUGCCAAUGCUCAGCAGAGGAUCAACCAAAUGAACAAGAAGAAGGCAGCUGGAAAUCAGGAUGAGAUCAUGGUGAUCCGAAAGGGCUGGCUGACCAUCAACAACAUUGGCAUCAUGAAGGGUGGAGCCAAGGAGUACUGGUUUGUCCUCACCGCGGAGUCGCUGUCCUGGUACAAGGAUGAUGAGGAGAAGGAGAAGAAGUAUAUGCUGCAGGUAGACAACUUGCGGCUUAGGGAUGUCGAAAAAGGCUUCAUGUCCAGCAAGCACAUUUUUGCCCUCUUCAACACAGAGCAAAGAAACGUGUACAAAGACUACCGUCAGCUGGAGUUGGCCUGCGAGAGUCAGGAAGAUGUUGACGCGUGGAAGGCCUCCUUCCUGCGAGCCGGCGUGUACCCAGAACGCGUCACGGAGAAGGAAGGAAAGAGCGACACAGGUGACGAAAACGGCUCUGAUGGUUUCAUGAACAGCAUGGACCCCCAGCUGGAGCGUCAGGUGGAGACCAUCCGCAAUCUGGUGGACUCCUACAUGGCCAUUGUCAAUAAAACAGUUCGCGACCUGAUGCCCAAGACCAUCAUGCACCUCAUGAUUAAUAACUGUAAAGAGUUCAUAAACGCCGAGCUACUGGCCCAGUUGUACUCGUGUGCUGACCAAAACACGCUAAUGGAAGAGUCUCAGGAACAAGCGCAGCACCGCGACGAAAUGCUGCGGAUGUACUAUGCCCUACGAGAGGCGCUCAAUAUCAUCGGUGACAUCAGCACCACCACCGUCAGCACGGCCAUGCCACCGCCUGUGGAUGACUCGUGGCUGCAGGUCCAGCGGGGCGGUUCCGGUGGAAGGUCUCCCGCCACCAGUCCCACUCCAAAUCGCAGGGCGCCCCCAGCUCGCCCGGUUUCUCGUGGGCCUCCCCCUGCUGGGGGACCCCCAGUACCAUCCCGUCCUGGGGCUUCUCCAGACCCUUACAGUGGGCCGCCACCUAAUGUGCCCUCCAGGCCCAACCGCGCACCUCCAAGCGUUCCCAGAAUCACAAUCACAGACCAGUGA